AACAGUUUUAUUUCAGUUACUAUGUUAAUUCAUUCUUUUCCUUCAGUUUCCCUCGCUUACAUUUUUUCUCGUCUUAACGCCUGCUUCAUAACCAUCCCCACGUAGUGGGUAAGUACUCUUCAUCCGGAACAAGCGCGAGAAGAGCCAUGCACUGGGUAUGUUACAUCUACUCCCUCAGUUGCCUAUUGAUAGGUGCUCUCGGCGUGACAGAGCUACACUCUUCGACGAUUCACCUCCUAGAGGGCCUGGUGACGGAAAGCCUCGCCUUCGAAGAUCUGUCUCGCUUCCUGCUCUCAGAAGAGUUGCGCCUCAAGAAGCACAUUGCCGAGUUCGAAGCUAUCUCUGUGCCAUCGUGGCAUAACGACCCACUGACUAAAUUCUUCUUCGCCAGCCGGCUCGACGGCUACCGAGAAAAGCUCACCGAAGCUGCCGUCGGUGGUGAAUCCGACGAGAUCCUACGUACGCUUAUCGAUACCGAGACCUGGACGUGGUGGCCGAUGGGAAGCGACCUGGUAGGAGCGUCCGAGGGCCUCUGCAAGCUGCAACAGGUCUACGAUGUUCCCGUGCAGCAGAUGAUCUCGAUGCGCUCCGACCUGCUGCCUCCGCCUACGCCCGAUGACCUCAAGGAUGUGGCCAGAGGUUGUUUCGCAGAAGGACCGUUCGGAAACACGAGCAGCUGGUCGACUGCCGCCCUCCAAAGAAUGAGGCAGUGGACGAGCGUACUGCCUCCUCAAAGACGAAAGUUUCAAAUGGGAAUCGCGUCCCUGCUCGCGAACGAAGUCCGACGAGAGGCCCUCCAAGCAAACGAAGGUGUAACUACGUAUCCCUCACCACCCAGCAACGACAUGAUGCAGCACAAGUCAAUCUGCGUACGGUCCGGUGACGUGUGGCCGCAGCAGAGCGACCUAGUCUGCGAGUACUCCGUCAAUGGCGGCCAUCCUUAUCUCCUACUGCAACCACUCAAGGUCGAGUUUCUCUCGUACGACCCCCGAAUCGUCGUUAUACACGACUUCCUGAGGCCGUCAGAGAGCGAAGUCAUCCAAAAUAUGGGCGCGAAGACCCUCACUCGCGGCACUGUUUACAGCGAAGAGAAACCUUCCGGCGUCCACAGCCCGCUUCGCGUUAGCAAGGUCUCCUGGCUCAGCGACGGCGAGCACCCGCUUCUCGCCAAGCUCACCACGCGCAUUGCUGCCGCCACGGGGCUCUCGCUGGAAUCGGCCGAGUUGUACCAAGUCGCCAACUACGGCCUGGGCGGCCACUACACGCCUCACCCGGACGCCAAAGGCUUGGACGACCUCGCGGACGACGCGUUAGUCGAGCAUGUGGACGGCAACCGGCUGGCCACCGUGCUUCUCUUCCUAUCGGACGUGCCGGCAGGGGGCGCCACGGCCUUUGUGGAUCCGCCGAUGGCAGUCAAGCCCCGAGAGGGCGACGCACUGUUCUGGUUCAACCUGAGGCCGUACGCGGGCGACGACUGGCCGCUGCACUUUGACUUCUGGCACGAAAAGAGGGUCCUGGACGAGCGCACGUGGCACACCGGUUGCCCGGUGCUGCGCGGCUCCAAGUGGAUCGCCACCAAGUGGAUCCACGAGAGGGACAAUGUCCACGUCGAUUACAACGUGCCCGCGUGAGCGUCGACGGACUUGGUGGCACUUCCGUGCGAUGCCUGUCGCGGACACAGCUGGCGUAUUCUGUGGCCCCAGUAACUCGUCUUAAGUAUGCCCACAGAGCCCUCUCCUGCCCGACGAGUGUCUCGAUCAGCCAUUUUUCUGACAAAACGGGACGUUCUCAACAGCCUUGAUGAUGGAUUGCCGUUAAAAAAGCACGCAAACGAGUGCUUACCACGUGAAAGAUUUCCCAUUUCUGCCGCGAAACUGUGACGAUUUCACAUAUUUCAGUGUUCAUUCUUCCACGAUGCUUAACUGAGUGUUUUCCAAUGUUCCUGUCAACAGCAGUAAAAUUCUUGAUUGGCAAAAUAUUCACAUUCCACUUGUAAAAGAAGGUUGUCA